AUGGCGCGACCGAUAGUGUGGCGGUGGAUAACGGUAUUGCUAACCUGGCUUUGUCUGCACGAUGUGAUAGUGCCGACAGAGCAGCAUGUUAUGAUCCGGCACGGAUUUCCACCCGCUACAUUACACGUAGAGCCUGAUACCGAGGCAAACCACCGACUACCUCGUAUGCUGACAUUGACAUCGGCUGAUAUAGAGAACGAUGGUUCUGAUCCCCACGUAACCGCACUGUUCGCUCGAUCCCCAUUUAUUCGUGACGAACUGAUGCGAGUUCGGCGCAAUGUACCGCCGAAUCUGAAUACCGGCGUGAAUGAAAAUAAAAAUGCCUCUGCAUUAGGCAAUGUCACUGCUUUUAGUAAUAUAUCGACAACAACCAACGGAUCGAAGAAAAACGUAACUUCGGAUUUUGUCCCGUCACCGGUAAUCAAGGCAAAAACGACUCAACUCAACGAUUCACAUGGGCAAUUGAUUGUACACUGGUUGGGUGAAGGAAUGGACGUUAUGAUAUGUCUGACUCGAGAACCUCCGGAUACGGACAUGAAAUCACCAUUGCCUUCUCCUUCGCGAAUUUUCAUCUCGCAUGACUAUGGAGAUUCAUUUGAAGACAAGUCAGAACAAUUUAUGCUUAAUAUCAAUGGUACAAUGACUAACUCUACAGUAGAACAGUUUUUUACCCAUCAAAAAUUCAAUACUAUUGUUUUUAUUGAUCCUCGAAAUCAAGCCAUUUUCACAUCAGAAGACUACGGAAAAACCAUUGUAAUGAGAAAGCUUGAUUUUACGCCAUCGGAUGUUUCAUUCUAUGAUGCUGAUAAACGAACAUUUCUUAUUUUAGAUAAACGAGAUGCUCAACGAAAGCUUUAUUACACAACCGAUUUUGGUGCUUCAUUCUCUAUUCUCCAAAGCUACGUAAAAUCCUUUGUCUGGUCUUCCGGUGAAGGUAAUCCAAUUCAUCUUUAUGUGGAGCGCAAAGAGCCGACAAAUACUUCUUCGGUCAUCUUUUUCAAUGCCGCCGAUUUGUACACCGGUAACCGACAGUUUAAUGUAUUGGUCGAAAAGGUGGAAGAUUUUCACAUAAACAAAGAUUUUAUGUUUGCGUCACAACGUCUGCCAAAUAACACACAAUUGUUAAUUUCGUACAAACGAGGAAAGUUUGUGAAGGCAGAUUUCCAAACCGAAUUAGAUAUUAGAGGCUAUCAUGUGGCUGACGUGGAAGGUCGUCGCAUUAUGAUUUCGGUGGUUCAUACUGAGCGUAUCUCACAUCUCUAUGUGUCGGAAUCUAACGAUGAUAUGACGGAUAUCAAGUUUGUUCCAAGUUUAGAGAAUAUUUUCACAUAUAUCCCCGAACUGAAUUGGCGAUCCAGUUGGUUGGUUAAAUCUUCUGAAACCGCUUUUACUGAUCUAUAUAAGGUGGAAGGAUUGAAGGGAAUCUAUAUCGCUUCGAAAAUGAACCGUAUUCCGGUUGCAGAAACUAUAACUCCAGAUUACUUGGUAUCAGUAAUAACAUUCGAUCAUGGUAAUACGUGGCGACCAAUAAAAGCCCCAGACACUGAUGAUGAAGGACAGCCUUUAUUAAAUUGUGGCAAAGAUUGCAGUUUACAUUUAACUCAAAAAUUUUGCUAUUUGUAUCCCGUCACAAGAUCAGUAACCAUUAUGAGCUCCAAAACGGCGCCGGGUGUAAUAAUGGCAUCGGGUGUGGUCGGGAAAUCAUUAAAAGGUCAUCCUGGCGUAUACAUUUCACGUGAUGCUGGACUUACAUGGAAGCAAAUACUUAAAAAUUAUCACUUUUUCCACAUGGGUGACCAUGGAGGUUUGUUGGUGGCGGUAAAAUACUUCAAGUCGAAAGGAGAAACAAAUGAGAUCCUAUAUUCGACCGAUGAAGGUGAACGAUGGCAUUCAACACCCUUCAUAGGGAACCAAUUGAAGGUUUAUGGUUUGAUGAAAGAGGCAAACUCGAAUGGAACCAUAUUUACAUUAUUCGGAUCGGAGCAAGAAGAACACAGGUGGUUGAUUAUAAAAAUAGAUCUCAAGAAUGCAUUCACUUCAAACUGCACCGAAGACGACUACAAAUUUUGGGCACCAGGGUCCUAUUCAGGGGAUUUCUUUAUGCCUUGUGUGCUAGGUCGUCAAGACACUUAUCAGCGGCGUAAACCACAUGCAAACUGUCACAAUGGUAUUGGUUAUGAACGUCCCAUACGACAGGAAGUGUGUGAGUGCAACACCUGGGAUUUUGAGUGUGAUUACGGAUUUGUGCGUAGCGGUCAGAAGCGAUCGUUUUGUGUGCGCAAUAAGACAAUGUUAGAUUAUGACCCGUACGCCGUCCCAAAAACGUGCAAGCCUGGUACGUAUUACAAUCGUACACGAGGGUAUCGCAAGAUAGAAGGCGACAUUUGUAUCGACGGGUUUUCUUCUCGAUUUUUGCCACAAUCUGUACCCUGUCCCAUAAAGCAAUCAGGCGAAUUUUUGGUGAUAGCUCAACGCGAAAAAAUCUCUCGAAUCGAUUUGCGCAACAACAAUUCACGAACGGAGUUUGUCAUUCCUGGGCUGAAAAAUGUGAUCGCCGUUGAGUUUGAUCUAAAGCGAAAUUGUGUCUUCUGGGCAGAUAUAUUGACGGAUGUUAUAGGGCGACAGUGCUUCAAUGGGAAUUCUACGCCUGAAACGUUAGUAGACAAUGCAUUAUCAUCGGUUGAAGGAAUGUCAUACGACUGGAUAUCAGAGGUGCUAUACUUUGUGGAUGGAAUGCGGUUAAUGAUUGAAGCGUUACUUGUUCCUCCGCCGGGAACGGUUUCUCCUAUCGGAUCAUCACGUACGCCAAUUAUUCGGCAUACGAUUAUUGACAAUAAGCAUCUUAACAAACCCAGAGGCAUUGUCGUGCACCCAAUGGAAGGCUAUCUAUUCUGGACGGAUUGGAAUUCAAUACGUCCUUCGAUUUCACGUUCUAACAUGGACGGUACUGAUGUUCGGGAGCUGUUUACAAAACCACAAGUGGCCUGGCCAAAUGGAGUGACUAUUGACUAUAUGGCGGAGCGAUUGUAUUGGGUAGACGCAAGCAAAGAUUAUAUUGCUAGUAGCGAUUUGGAUGGAAAAGAAUUUCACAAAGUUAUGCAACAGGAUCCGUACGUGCAACAUCCGUUCGCGGUAGCUGUGUUAAAAGAUGUAAUGUAUUGGGACGACUGGAAGCAAAAUUCGGUAUUCUCUGCUGAUAAGGAUCACGGCAUUAUGGUGAAGCUAGUGGCGGACAAUAUGGCAAAUUUAAUGGACAUGAAAGUGUAUGGCCAUACUAUACAAAUGGGUACAAACGGAUGUUCUAACAGCAGCCAAUGCUCGCACAUUUGCGUUGGUGGUCCAAAACAUACUUAUUCAUGUCUUUGCCCAGAUGGAAUGGAAUUAGUUGGUCAGCGAUGUACAUGUCCGGCUGGAACGACUGCACAAGCUAACGGAUGUGCGCGCACUGGUGAAACGUGUGGUCCAAAGAUGUUCAAUUGUCAUAAUUCGCGUUGUGUCGCACUCCUAUACAAAUGCGAUGGAGAAGACGAUUGCGGCGAUCGCAGUGAUGAGGAAGGUUGUCCUUCCACUAAACCAAUUUGCCCUCCACAUAUGUUCAGUUGCAAAAUGGACCAGCAGUGUAUACCAAAGCACUACGUGUGCGAUUUUGAUCGUGAUUGCAAGGAUGGAAGUGAUGAAGAAAAUUGCAUGACACAUCCCUGUAAGACGGACGAGUUCACCUGCAACAAUGGACGCUGCAUAAGGUCAAGUUGGGUGUGUGACGGAGAGGAUGAUUGUCGAGACGGCUCGGAUGAGAAGGAUUGCCGAAAGAAAAAUAUCACUCCGGUGGAGUGCAAAGCGGAUGAAUUCCGAUGCAAUGUAACGAAUGCUUGCCUGCCGAACCAAUGGUUUUGCGAUACAGAAAAGGAUUGUCCAGAUGGAUCAGACGAGCUGAACUGUAGUAACAAUACUUGUGAUUCAUGGAUGUUCACGUGUGUAAGUGACAGAAAAUGUAUUUAUAAGACAUGGCAAUGCGAUGGUACAAAGGACUGUAAAGACGGAAGCGAUGAAAAGGAUUGCCAUGUGAUAACUGGCGAAACUAGCACUGAAAAAACGGACAUACCAACCAAAAAACCGGCUAUUAAUAUAAUGCCAGGACAGGAGUGUCAUGAUUGGAUGUUCAAGUGUAAUAAUAACCGUUGCGUUCCAUACUGGUGGAAGUGCGACGGAGUUAAUGACUGCGAAGAUCACUCAGAUGAGGAAGGCUGCAGUGAAACGGGUAAGACUGUAAGUAACAAUACCAUGGUACCGCAAUCAAGUUCACCGAUGCCACCGCGCCAUAAAGAUCGAACUUGUGGGCUGCACGAAUUCCGAUGCGAUUCGGGUACCUGCAUCCCGAAGAGAUUUGUUUGUGAUAACUACAGUGAUUGUCCACGAGGGGAAGACGAAGAGAAUUGUCCAAGCCAUAAGCUGUGUAGUAAUUCCAAUUUUCGAUGUCGCGUUGACGGUAUGUGUCUUCCAAUGGAUCGUUUUUGCAAUGGUAUUCAGGAAUGUGUUGAUGGUAGUGAUGAGGAGUGUAACUUCAAGCCAACAACAUCAACCACUACAAAUCAAAAUUGUACCACCAACCCUGGAGUAUUUCCUUGUGAUAACACAUGCUUCGCACUAAUGGUGCAAUGCGAUGGAAAACCUGAUUGCUAUGACGGAACGGACGAAGAUAAUUGUUCCGGAAAUCGCAACGGCCGCCAUUAUCAAGUUACUCAAAUUAGCGUCGAUCAACGUUCGCUAAACUCGACUAGUUUCCUUAUCUUUUGGUGGAUACCAUUGCCAGUCGGAGUGGCAUUAGAAUAUUUACCUUCAAUCUACUAUAAUAAUGAAUGGAAAAAUAUUUCCAACUGGAUCACGCAAACAGAGUAUCGUUUUACUAAUUUGAAACCUUACACGACGUACAAGGUAACCACGUAUGUUAGAGCAAAGAAUCAAUCUAGGAUUACAGCGCCUUAUGUUUACUAUGAAAUUUCGACCACAGAAGGAAUCCCUACAGCUCCGUUGAGCGUAUCUGUUAUUCAACAAAAUGGUUCUCGAGUACUAGUGAGUUGGGAACCACCGAAGGAAACAAAUGGUCAUUUAGAAGGCUACACUGUAAUCUUUCGAUCACAAUCUAAAAAUGUUAUCCCAACACAAAAUGUAAAGGUAGGCGCUUCCGAAACAAGUGUAAUUAUCGAUAAGGAUUUUAAACCACACGUAGUUUAUGAGUUCUGGGUAAAGGCUCGCAAUGGUAAGCACGAAUCCCUUUCGUCUAUUAUGGUACCAUUGACAUUCGAUGGUACCUCCUUUGUGGAAAAAAUUACGCGCAUUGAGGUGCUUAAUAAAACGACGAAAUCAAUAACCCUGCAAUGGAAACCAGUCAAUAAUGCUGAUGGUUACAUGGUGGUUCCGAUAUUACCUCAAACAUAUCCCAUGUUGCCAACGAUUAAAGUACAGAACACAAGCAUAACGCUAGACAAUAUGGUUCCCGGUACGCAAUAUGUCAUCAAAGUAGCGGCAUAUGUAAAGAAUUUCUUUGGACAACACGAGACCACCAUCGUUUCAUUUGGCGGAUCACCACUACCGGCACUGAAUGUUGUUUUAAAGGAAAAAACCGAUAUGUAUGCGCUAUUGGAAUGGAAUGAACCAAGUGGUAUUGAAACGGCAAAUUUGAUCUACGGUGUCUAUUAUGGUACUAGUAUGGAUGCCCUAUUUGAAGCUGCUCGCAUUAAUACUACCACCCGUAGUGUCAAAUUAAGUGAUUUAUUGCCGUGUCAAUCCUAUCUGGUUAGUGUAGGCAUUGUCGGUCCAAUCGGGCCUGGACCCCUAGGCCGCAAUCCUCUAAAAUUGGAAACAGCUUACAACCGCAUGCUAGCACCAAAGGAACUAACAGUUGAUAUUAACGAAACUAGUCAUGAAAUGACCAUCGAAUGGCAGCAUAGCUGUGCUUUAGAUAUGAGUGUUUAUCCAGCAUAUAUCAUAACAGUACGUGAAUUAACUCUGAACAAAACGUCAGUUGUAACGGUUCAACCUUCGACAAACCGAACCAUGGUGCACAUUUUCCGUAAGAUCCCCAUGGGUGCUGCCUAUGAAGUAUUUGUCUCGACCGAUGUACCAAAUGCUGAAAUGGCUAGCACAAUAGUGUACUCGGCUCCAUUGCCAUCACCAGUGCAAUUACAAGUUUGGCCUGAAAGAAAUGGUACACAUGUAGUUUACUGGAAGCCCGUGAACGAUUUCACGAACGAUAGUUUCAUUUACGAAAUAAUCGUUCAUGAAGGACAAGUUGUCAACAAUUCGAUACCACCAAUAAUUACUAUACAAUCAAAAGCACCACCUGCUUUUAUACAGCCGGAUCAACUAAAAUCAAUACCAGAUCAAGGGGUCUUUACUGUCGGAGUUCGACUAAAAACGAAUCAGGGUUUGUACUCGGACAUCGUUGAGACAGAGUCGUUCACCAAAUACAAUUUACAAAGCUUAAUGCAACCCUCGACCUCAUCCGCUGGCACAGCCUGGAAAUGGAUUGUUCCAACUGUCGUUGCUGUUUUACUUUUCGCUGUAGUUCUGUAUGGAUUCCAGAGACAUCGACGAUUGCAAGGUUCAUUCAGUAGGUUUGCCAACUCGCAUUACGAUACCAGAACUGGUGCUACACGUAUAGGCUGUACGCUGGAGGAAGAUGAACACGAGCAUCAAGAAGUGCCUCGCAGCUUCUCUGACGAUGAACCACUAGUGAUAGCCUAAGGUAAAUUGAUGAUCCAAGCUUAGACGGGUUGAGAAAAAAAAUGUUUUCUGCUACAGUAGAUCUCGAUUGAGUGUCUCCAUUCAUCUGUGGGACAGAGUGAUGAAGCAGGAACGAAUGAGGAAUAGGAUGGGAAAGUGAAUAUUGAAUAUUGAAGUUGGUCAACAGAACUGAAACACAUACGAAUCCAAAAUAUUAUGUCCUUAUAUGCAUUAUGUACAAUAUAUCAAUGAGACAGCUUUCAGUAAAUAAUUAACAAUGUAAAAAUACACGGAGGAAAUAUGCUGAAAAUUAACUAACUAAAGAAAGCGAAAGAAACUAAUGGAUAAAAUCUUAUCCGAAGCACUGUAAAAAAGUUAUAAGUGAAAUCAAACUAAAAGACUAAAAUAUUUUUGUAUUUAUGUGUUGUUCGUUUUACUGAAAUAGAUUUAUUUAGUAUAGAAAUGCAAAACGAUAUACAAGUUGAAAAGCAAACUAGGUGUGAUGCGCAUAUUAUCAAGAAAGAUAAAAAUUUAUUUUGCAGUAGCUCAUCUAUAAAAAAUACUUUUCUUAUAGUUUGUUGUUAACAAGAGGCACCAAUUGUCAACUAAGUUAUGUUAAUGUUUGUUUUCAUUUUUUUGUGAACAUUUGCACGGAUCGCAUGGCUUGAACAUGCCAGUAAGCACCAACAUUGCGGUUAAAAUAUUAUAAAUACAAUUUAUCUGCCAGUCGAAAAAUUAUGAAUGCAAUAAUGCAUAUGAAAAGUUUAGUUGUUCGAAUCAAAAAUAUAAGAGCAUUCGCGAGACCUGCUUUGGCCGAAAUUUAAAUCAAUAUGCUAAACAACCAUAUUUGAUCAUAUAUUGCAUUAUGCAUAUGUACAAAGAGCAGUGUGUAGUUGUUUAUAAAAAGACGUAAACAAGUAGUGAAAUUUAUCAAGGGAAGGGUCUUGGAAUGUCCAUUUGAAAGAUCAUGUUAAGGUACUUUGAAUGCGAAUAUAUAUAUUUUUGUAAUUGUGCUCUGAUAGCGAAAAACAAAACAAAUGCAAAUACCAUACAAAAUGAUUACAAGACAGAUAUGUAAAAUAGAUUAAAGCAAACAUUGUAUUUUAAUUUGCAAAAUUGUUUGUAAUGUUGAGAUUCAAGAUAUUCAAUCAGUUCGUAAGGUUAAGUAGAACUCAACGCACAUCAAGGAAAAUAAUUGGAACAUUUUAAAUCAUCGGGCGUGUUCUGUAAUGUUGCGAUAUAAAAGUAGAUGUAAUUAUCAGGACAGGAGUAAAUAUUUCAACAUAAUACGCAUUCUAGACGAUUAAAGAAAUGCAUAUGUGGAAGUAUUUGUAAAAUAGGAUUGGGAAAAAUAAAAUAAUCCAAAAUAAUCUUGCAGAUCAAAGCCGAUAGUAGAAAUAUAAUAAUAGACAAUUUCCUAACAACUAUACAACAAAAAGGGAUAACUCUUGUUGUGGUGACUUGAAAAUGUUUUACCUACAACAAUGAAAGAGUAUUGAAUGCGGGUUUAACGGGUAAGCAUAAGGGCAUCUAAAGUUCUUCCCUGAAUGUUUUGGUUUCGACCUCUACACAUAUUAUACAUACAUCAAUAAUUCCCUUGUGCGAUGUAGUUUUAAUUGCAUUUUCUUGCAACUAUAAAAAAUCAGUUGUAUAACGAUCAUUUUUAAAAUAAGUAGCCAAACAAUAAAAUGCAGCAUCUCUAUUACGAUCCUACAUCAACACCGUUGGGUAUUGGCCAGCUAGUGAUGUAAGAUAUAGAUAGCAGAUGUUGUGAUA